AAGAAAAACAAUAAUCGUCAGAAAGUGAAAACCCUCUGUCCCAACUUUCCUUUCAUCCCAAAUCCCCUUCUCUCUCUCUCUCUCAGUACACAAAAAAUCCUCUGCCAUGGAGAAUCACAGGAUUCCACCUCUCAACUUAGCUUAUUAUUACCAAGGAAAGAGCAUUGAAGAAUUGAGGCAUUCUCUCUUAUGCACGACACUGGAAUUGGAAACUACGCGACUUGCAGCCAAGGAAGAAAUAAGAAGAAAGGAUGAUGAGCUGAAGCAACUCAAGGAUCUGUUGGUGACAGCCACUAGAGAGAAAGACGAAGCCAAUGACAAGUACCAAACCCUCCUCCUCCGACUUCAACAGCAGCAGCAGCAGCAGCAGCAGCAGCAACAGCUGCAGCAGCAUCAGCAAGAUGAUGGACAAGUCCCAAGAGGAGAUUCGAAUGCGGGUAUAUCAUCGUCCGAGUGCGAAGAAAGCAUUGUCUCCGAGCCGUCAUUGAUACAGCCUUUCAGCAUCUUAGAUUCAGAAGCUACAGCGACUACGGCAGGGUUACUUCCUCUGCCAGAGAAGGGGAAGCUGCUACAGGCAGUGAUGAAGGCUGGCCCACUCCUUCAAACGCUUCUCCUUGCAGGUCCCUUGCCUCAGUGGCGCCACCCUCCACCUCCACUCGACACCCUUGAAAUCCCUCCCGUUACAAUCCCUGGCACAGCACUCAACACCACCAACACCAACAAAGACAACACCACCAACAAUCUUCAGCAGCUCUCAAUCAAUAUUGAUUAUGAUAACAACAACAACAACAACAACCACAACCACAACAGCAAGAGGUCCCUGUUCAACUGCCAUGGAACGGUGGGAAUCAUAUCUACGAGGUGGGAAAGACCAAAGGUAGUAAGUAGAUGAUGGGUUAGCUUACUUUGUGAUGUGGGUUGGUGGGUGGCCAACAACUCCAGCCCUACUUGUCGGAGAGAGGGGUCCCAAUGGCAGUGCAGCUGCUUACCUGCUCUUCAACUGUAUUAAUUAUUCUUGCUAGCCACUAAACUUUUGAGUUGCUCCUAUUUUUUAUGGCAUUUGUCUUUUAUCA